AUGGGUAUCCUCUUCUCUCGUCCGGCCCAGGAAACCUUUCCCGAUGGAGCAUUUCCCGUUGGGAACAUUUCAUCCCUCAACGCUUCUUCCAUCGCACCUUAUAUCGGAGUCAACACGGGCUUAUACGGCGGCAUCUCAAAGUCCAAUCUUCCUCCGAUACCCUUCGAGUGGAUCGUCUCCCCAGAUGCAGACCGAGUCACGGAUUCAUGUCCCAACGGAGACAAUAUCCUCACCUUCUUUGGUGUUUCGGAGGGUGUCAUUAGUAUUCUUGUGCCCUUAUUUGCAUAUCGCCCUUUGAUAUACAAACUCUCUCGAGGAUAUUUUGGUCGACGCACAAAGAACUCUAUCAUUGUGGCAUGGACAGUUACAUUUGCCUGUCAACUCCUAGCCAACGCCAUCAUCGCUGGCAUGAUUGGCAACACGCCUGGUUAUGGUCAUCUCAACAUGCUUCACAUCUUUACAGUCUACAUGACUCGUCCCCGCUUUCAUUUCAUCGUCUUGGCUCUUCUGCGCAGUCUUGUUGGAAUAAAGCGCCCUCGCGAAUGGGACAAAACAACCAUCAUCAAUCGCCGCCUGGACAACCGAGUCGAGUUUCCUUUUACAGAUUCUUACAUCGCUACUGUCGCUUCUGAAAUGCUCAUGUUCAUCAUCUCGGCAAUCUUUACGGGAGUGACAUGGCAUCGGUACCCAAAAUUCGAAAUGUCGGCUCGCGAGUACAUGGACGACCACAUCAACUACGUCUCGAGCAUUCCGGGAGUCAUGUGCCUAUGUAUUCUUGGGUUUGUACCCAUUUACAAGCGCUAUGGCGACGCUUUUCCGGUCGAGGGGAGGAGAUACGAGGCGGCCCGGCGCUGGGGUGCGAGUGUGGCAGCGGACGGCACGACGAGAAUAGGCGUCAAGAGAAAUGUAUACAAGGGCGCGGCUGUGAAGAGGAUUGGAAGCGCAGUGGCUGCAGCGUUAUUGAUGGGAUAUGCCACGUUGGUGCAAUGGUCAUACUGGACGAGGCUCUUGGAGCUGCCGGGUGUUUUGUUCUGUCCACCAAAGAUGAUCGAGACAGGGGUCAUUUGGACUGUUUUCACCUUGAUAGGUGUAUUGGCUGGGGCAGCCUCAUGA